AUAUAUAUAUAUAUAUCUCUAGAUAAUCUUUGGUGCUUAUCUGAUUAGAGUAUUCUACUACUAUAAGAAUGCUCUUUGUAUUGAUAACAAUGAGUACUGACCAUUCGCUUACUAAUAGUGUUUGACAUGAAUUCGAAAGGAAACUUCAUCAGAAAUUAAUUGAACGACAUAAGAUAAAUUAAAAUCGGAAUACCAUGUUUAUUGGAUCACUUACUGUGUUUAUAAAUCUUGCUAUAAAGUGUUUUGCUGAUACAAAUAUUAAUUUGGGAACUAUUAUUUUUGCAAAUGUUCUUUAUAGACAUGGUGAUCGAACUCCUAUUGAACCAUAUCCAACUGAUCCAUAUAAGAAUGAGUCAUUAUGGCCAGUGCCUUAUGGACAGUUAACAAAUCUGGGGAAAAAUCAACACUUACAUAUGGGCCAAUGGCUUAGAAGCAGGUACUCCCAUUUUUUAAGUGACUUAUAUAGUCCGUAUGACGUUUAUAUCCAAAGUACAAAUACAGAUCGUACUUUAAUGUCAGCUGAAGCAAAUUUAGCUGGCUUAUAUCCGCCUAAAAAAAAUCAAAUAUGGAAUACUAUCAAUUGGAUGCCUAUUCCAGUACAUACUAUACCAGAAUCAGAAGAUAAUGUUUUAUCAGGAAAAAAAUACUGCCAAAGAUAUAACUUUGAAUUAGAUAAAGUAUUAAAGUCUCCAGAAAUAAAAAAAAUAAAUCAGGAAAAUAAACAUUUAUAUGAUUAUUUGACAGAGAAAACAGGAAUGAGUGUUACAUCUUUAAAAGAUGUUGAUCAUAUAUAUGAUACAUUGUUCAUUGAAAAAUUGUAUAAUAAAACUUUACCUGAAUGGACAAAAAAUGUAUUUCCGGAUAAAUUAAAAUCACUUGCUGCAAAAAGUUUUACAAUAAAUGCAUACAAUAAAAUAUUACAAAGAUUGAAGAUGGGUUUAUUGUUUCGAGAGAUAAUAGAUCACAUGGAAAAGAAAUCUAGAAAUGCUUUAAUACCUGAUAGAAAAGUUUGGAUAUAUAGUGCACAUGAUGAAACAGUGGCAAAUAUGUUAAUGACUUUAAAUUUAUUUGAUCCACAUUGCCCUCCAUACACAGCCACAAUUUUAAUAGAAUUAAGAGUAAAUUCUGAAAAAGAAUACUUUGUCACGAUUUCAUACAGAAAUACUACUGAGGAACCAAAUCUGUUAACUCUUCCUGGUUGCAACACUUUAUGUCCCUUGAAUAAAUUUAUUCAAUUAACCAAAGAUAUUAUACCAGACGAUUGGCACAAAGAGUGUAUGAUGAAACAUGAAAAAAAUGAAUAUAAUAUAAAUACAACGACUGUUGUUGCAAUAUUGACAUCAUCAAUAUUGAUACUAGUUUUACUAGUUUUAUUAGUAAUUGGAUUUAUUUACUGGUAUUAUAAACGUGAACAUAAUCAGUAUUACCUCAGAUUAACAACAGAUCCUAUAUAAGAAUAUACAGAAUGAUUGCAAUUACAAUAUAACAAAAUAUUUGCUAUUGUCAAAGCAAAAAUAGCCAUAAAUAUGUGUUAUUGAUGUUUUGACAAAGAAGAUAAAAUGUUUUUUUUAAUGCAAUUAUUUUUGUAUAUAUGAAGGCAAGAAAAAAAAUCUUAUUUCUAUAAUAGAUAAAAUAUUACACAAUAAUAUGUGUAAUAAACUUUGUAUUAAUCACUUCUAAUACCUUUGUCUGUACUUUGUAUAUACAAAGAUGAUUAUUUAUAUAUGUGUGUAUGUGUGUGUAUAUAUAUAUAUAUAUAUAUCACUUGUAAACAAGAAAAGUGACAACUUGAUGUAUUAUGCUUUUUAAAAUACUAUAUAAUUAAUUUACAAACAAGUGAAAGUUCAUAUGCAUUUAAUUGAAUGAAAAAUUAAUAUUUCUCUUUUUUAACUUUCUUUACUUAUGUUACUUUUCUUGCAUGCAAAUAGACAAAAUAACAUUGAGUUACCAAAAAAGAGAAUUUUAAAGAGAAAAUGGCAGAUAGUACAUAAUUUAUGUAUUAUUAUAAAUUUUGAAGGAGGAUUACAGUAUGUUUAAUUUCUAAUGGAUAUUAUCACUUUUAUUAAUGAUAUUAAUGAAUGCUGUGUUACUUAAGUUGUUUUGAGAUCUUUUUCGCUACUAAUAAAAAAUGUAAUGAAUAUUGUAAUUUUAUCAAUACUUUAUAUAAAUUGAUGUAAAUGAAAGAAA